AUGGCUCCUGCAAAUUUAUUGGUUAUCGGAAUGGCUGGUUCUGGCAAAACCACCUUCAUGCAACGAUUGAACUCACAUCUACAUGCAAAGAAAAAUCCACCAUAUGUCAUCAACUUGGAUCCAGCAGUGUUAAAAGUCCCAUAUGGUUGUAAUAUAGAUAUCAGAGACUCUGUGAAUUAUCACAAGGUCAUGGAUCAUUACAAUUUGGGUCCAAACGGUGCAAUUGUCACUUCUUUGAACUUGUUUUCCACGAAAAUUGAUCAAAUUGUUCAGUUGCUAGAUAAGAGAGCAGAAAAUUAUAAUCAUGUUAUCAUUGAUACUCCAGGGCAAAUUGAAUGUUUUAUAUGGUCGGCUUCUGGUUCUAUAAUAACCCAAGCUUUGGCCUCGGCAUUUCCAACAAUCAUAGUAUACCUUAUUGAUACUCCAAGAACUACAUCUCCUUCGACAUUUAUGUCAAACAUGUUGUAUGCUUGUUCCAUUCUAUACAAAACUAAAUUGCCAAUGAUCAUAGUUUUCAACAAGUGUGACAUCAAAGAUUAUGAGUUUGCUAAGGAAUGGAUGACAGAUUUUGAAGCUUUUCAGGCGUCCAUGAGCAGUGACCAACAUAAUUCUUCUGAGGGUGGCGAUUCAGGAUACAUGAACUCCUUGAUCAAUUCAAUGUCAUUGAUGCUAGAGGAAUUCUACUCUCAAUUGGAUGUUGUCGGGGUUAGCUCAUACACCGGUAAGGGGUUUGACGAGUUUUUAGACAUCGUCGAUGAUAAAGUGAAGGAAUAUAAUGAUGUUUAUAAGGCUGAACAAGAACGAAUUUUGAAGCAGAGGGAACAAGAUGAGGCUGACAGAAAGGUUAAGAAUUUGAGUAAAUUAGUCAAAGAUCUAGGAAUUAAGGAUCAAAAUGCAUCAACCUCCAGAAAGAAGGAAGAUGACUAUGAUGGUGUUAACGUGUUGUCAGAUUUCGAAGAUGAUGAUGAUGAAGAGGAGGAACAGGAGGAGGAUACUAUCAAUGCUCCACAAAGAGAGUACACUUAUGAAGAUGAAAGAUUUGAACAAAUCAAACAACAGGCGCAACAGGCAAAAGAGGACUCCACUCUUGAGAAAAUAACGCAAUAUAUUAAUAAAAGUAAUUAG